AUGGAUGUGGACGAGACUCCAGGUCUUCUGAGGUCCGUGUUUGGGUUUCUCGCUCGAAAACCACUACAGAGGCCCAUAAAGAAACCCAAAUCUUUGAGAGCGCGGACACAAGAUGCUUGGUUACAGACGGAUGCUUUCUUGCAGCAUGAUGCCAAUACAUUUGACGAGAUGGAGCCUGAGCAGCGUAAAAGGACGCUUCAUGCGCUUGAAGGCUACAUUGAAGUUAAUGCUGAUAGAGAACUAGAUUCCAACUCCUUGCCGGAGGGGCCGUAUCCGAAGCUUCAGGCAUUGCGCAACAUGGUCGAUAGUCCGAAUUCCGAUCAAGGCCUUACGAUUCACAUUGGUAAAAGAAGUCGACAAAGGGACCAAAUAAUCGAGGAAAUUGAGCAAAUGGAAAGGGACUCAAAGAGGCGCCGAGUCAUCACUCGUGAAGAACCUAGCGCUAGCGAAAAUCUCGAAGAUGCCGAUACCGACUUCGCUAUGUUGACAAGGAGACAUUUAGUGUCCUUGGACAAUGCGCUACGGAAACAGUGGGUGUGCGUUUGCCAGAAAUGCUCAGGGCUGAGCGUCAGGCUUUCCCUGCCACAAAAGAAAGACUCCAAAGUUGAGACGUCCUUUCAUGUGUUCUUCGGAGUACGGUCUGUACCUGCAACUUCGUUGCAAGAGGCCAAGAUAACAAUCAAAGACGCAUACAAUAGGGGUAGGAGCUUAUCCGCGCCUGCAGAUAGCGGCGCGGGCGAUUUGGCUCACAUUUGCCAAAGCAUCACAGACUCCCUCGGCCAGCAAAAUUGCUUGCACUUGACUCUUGAACAUGGUAUAUUUCAGAGGCUUCGUCCUCAGCCGAAGACCUUUGGUGGAGAUAAGAUGUCCCGGACAAUGUCCUUGGCGGCUUUAUUUAAGCGUCAACAAGAAUUACGUGGGAGCUCAUCUGCCUUAUCACUCAAAGGGAAGCGAGUCUUAGCUAUCACCCUCGCCUCAGCGCUUCUUCCAUUUUUGGAGACACCGUGGCUGCAGCCUUCAUUCAACCACUCCAAGAUUCUGUUUUUUCAGCCGCUGGAAGAUGAACAGCUGCCCGAUAUCACGAAACCUUUUAUAGCCAUGGAGCACAUACCCAUCACCACAGCCGGCAAAAAGACAGGCACAAAUGUCAGUAGCUCUGACGUGUCCAAUCAGAGUAUUCACCCCAACGCCAGUGUGCUAGCGCUCGGCAUCCUCCUGUGUGAGCUCCAUCAUCUGACUUCCGUGGAGCACUGGCAAAAGGACGCGGAUACCGAAAGGAACGUCAACACUGAUUGGUAUACAUGCCUUGAGAUACUGAAGACGCUAGAAGCUGAGGCUGGCUUAGAUUACUAUCUUGCCACGAAGGCGUGCCUGCAUUGGGAGUACUUGCCCGCUGGACAGGACGCUGACUUUGAGUCUGAGACAGUACAGCGGCUCUUCUAUCAAAAUGUGGUCAAACGACUUGAGGCCGAAAUGUUCAAGUCGUGGCGUCUUCGAGUAGAGGAUCUGGGCUCAUUCGACUCUCAAGAAAAUGAAAAUUGCUGGGGCUCCAUCGGUCGAGAAGUCGUCCGCCUUGAAACUGGCAAGAAUGACUUUUCCACUAAUACAAAUGAUGUUGGGCGUUCACCUGCACAACGUUCGAUGUCCGAAAAUGUGCUUCCAAGCUUCAAUUCCGACAUGGUGGUGCAGAAAUCUGCACAGCCUGCUCGUGCGCAAGUCACUGAGGAUUCAACGAAUAGCUUGUACUUUUUCGACGCAAGCCAUCAGACAGGUUGUGAACAAGAGAAUCCACUAUCGCGAAAAUGGAUGGACAACCUACUCUCCUCAAUUAACCAAUUCGUUGACCCUUUUGAGCCUGUCCAAGCUGGUGCGCUCCAAACGGUCGAAUCUGUGCGAAUAGCCAUCUUGGAUUCCGGUUUUGACGCUGAAAACCCGCUCUUGAGGGAUGACCUCGGACGAAUAGACCCACGAAUCAAGGCUGCACAGAGUUUUGUACAUGACACAGAACCACAGGACAUUCGAGACGAGAUUGGGCACGGCACUCAUGCCCUUGGUCUGUUACUGACAGUUGCCCCGUGCGCUGAGAUUUAUAUCGGGAAAAUUGCGCAUCGAGCGACUCUGAAUCGAAACACGUACGAUGACAUUGCGAAGGCAAUUAACCACGCGGUUUCUGAAUGGAAGGUGGACAUUAUAUCAAUGUCGUUCGGGAUUCGUGAAUAUAAUCAGCCUAUGAAGAGAGCCAUAUCGAAUGCCCUACAUAGUCAGACAUUGUUAUUCGCAGCGGCAUCAAACGAUGGAGCAAAUCUCGGAAGAGCGUUUCCCGCUAAAUAUCCUAGUAUCUUUUGUAUACACUCGACCGAUGGAAACGGCAACCCGUCUGCGUUCAAUCCGACUGCAGACGACAAAGACGUCAACUUUAGUCUUCUCGGGGAGAAUGUCUCCUCCUACUGGCCCGUUGGCCUUGCAAAUGGCCUUAGUGAACCUGUUAAUGCCAUGUCAGGGACAUCAGUCGCAACACCCAUUGCCGCGGGGCUUGCCGCUUCGGUCCUGUCGUUUGUGAGGCAGCAGGACCAGCAUGCCAGGGUGGGAAGCGACUUAUUAGGGCCGUGGCUGAAGGAUGUUCAUUCUAUGGAUAUGGUGUUGAAGAGCAUGGCCAGUCAGACGAGGGGUGCUGGGUACAACUACAUCAGGCCGAGUGAGCUUUUCGAUAAGGGAGCGUCGAGAGAGAAGGUUUAUGACAAGAUCAAGGACCUCAGACGGCAUAUGUAUGACUAG